UCGGCAUAGGCAAUAGUCUGCGCGGUACUGGGUCUGCCCGAGUCGACGCCAUCCCCGAGUCGGGGUGCCGAGCCCCUGCGACUGGCUGUCGCGAGGAUACCGAGCCCCGACUACCUUGUGAACAUCACCGAGGGCACGAGCAAGGAGGCGAGCGACGGACUGCGGGAGGUGCGUUUCCUGGCGAGUCUCGCCGAUCCCAACCUCGCCCGGGUCCUCGGACUCGUGCGUGACGCCGAGCCCUCGAGGCCCUGGACGAUCAUCGAGUACACGGAGCUCGGCGACCUCGCCCACUACCUCCAGUACAGCGAGCCCCUCGUCGGCACCCAACGGCCAAGUUGCACCGUCAACUUCAUCAGUCAAAGCUGCCUGUUGUACAUGGGGACGCAAAUAGCAUCGGCCAUGCGCUACCUGGAGUCAAAGAACCUCGUGCACAAAGAUCUGGCCGCCCGGAAUUGCCUCCUCGGUAGAUGUUACACUGUCAAGGUUACAGAUAUUGCCAUGUGCAGCGACUUGUACAAGAAAGAUUACAGUGACAUCGGCGGACGACCUCCAGCACCAAUCAGGUGGCUGCCCUGGGAGAGCAUAUUGCUGGAUCGAUACACUUGCUCCAGCACUGUUUGGUCAUUUGCGGUAACGUUUUGGGAAAUAAUGGGUUUUGCAAGAGAAAAACCAUUUCAACAUUUAACAAAUGAGCAGGUUAUACAAAAUGCCGAGCUUAUGUAUUACGGAGGUGAAUUGCAAGUCCUCUUACCGAAACCAAUGAUGUGCCCCGAUAAUGUAUACAAAGUCAUAUGUUCAUGCUGGAAGAGAGACGAAUCAGUUCGACCAACCUUCAAAGAGAUUUACUCGUUCCUCAAGAAUGUUACGGCGGAUUAUCGACCCGGAGCAUAAUCAUAGCCGACUGUGAUAUCGAAGAGAGAAAAAAGAAAGAAAAGAA